AUGCAGAUAAAGGAGAAGUCGAAAUCGAAGAGUAAAACAAGUAGUGCAGCAAUGACCGCAUUAUCGUUUGUCUUCUAUUUCCUGAUCGGUAUCUUCUCUACUAAUUUGGCAGGAGCAGCUAGAAGACAACAAGCGAAUGGAACUUGGUUACGAAUGGGGCUGGUAUUCGACGAUAUGAUGCAAAAUGACCAAGGACUCCCAUCGUGUAGAGCCUUACCAGGUCUCAGUUCCGGCCAAAGAAGAUUAUGCCAAUUGUACUUAGAUCAUAUGAAUGCAGUUGCUAUUGGCGCUAAACAUACUCUAAGUGAAUGCAAAUACCAGUUUCAUAACAGAAGGUGGAACUGCUCCAUUCUGAACGAUGUCACAGUAUUCGGACCAGUCAUAACAAUAGCAAGUAGGGAGUCAGCAUUUGCCCACGCGUUGGCGUCUGCUGGAGUCGUUCAUUCAGUGUCAAGAGCCUGUCGAGAUGGCCAGCUUACAUCUUGCGGAUGCUCACGAAUGGGACGGCCGAAGGACCUCAAGAAAGACUGGGUUUGGGGUGGAUGCGGAGAUAAUUUAGAAUACGGAUAUAAAUUCACCCAAAGCUUUGUAGAUGUUAGGGAAAGAGAACGAAAAUUUAAGAGAGGAACGAGGGAGCAAGGCAGAGUCCUUAUGAAUUUACAUAACAAUGAGGCAGGCAGAAGGGCAGUCAUAAAGAAAUCGAAAGUGACCUGCAAGUGUCAUGGAGUGUCCGGCUCCUGUUCUCUCAUUACUUGCUGGCAGCAACUGGCAACCUUCAGAGAAGUUGGUGACUAUCUAAGAGAUAAAUAUGAUGGAGCCACAGAAGUGAGAGUAAACAGAAGAGGUCGCCUUCAACUUAGAGAUCCCCAAGUUACCAUUCCUACAGCUUAUGAUCUUGUAUAUCUGGAAGAUUCUCCUAAUUAUUGUAUUAAAGAUAAUAUCACUGGAUCAUUGGGAACCCAAGGACGAGCCUGUAACAGAACAUCGUAUGAUAUAGACGGCUGUAACUUGCUGUGCUGCGGACGAGGAUACAACACAGUAAAAAGUGUCGUCAAAGAACGAUGUCAGUGCAAUUUCAAAUGGUGUUGCCAGGUAGAGUGUAAGACAUGUGUGAGAUCCAUUGAAGUACAUACGUGCAAAUAA